UCCGCUAAACCUAAUAGUACAUGCAUUUAAAAGUAACAUAUUUCACAGAUGCAAAGGCGUGUUACUUGAAUUAGUAGACCCUCUGGUCUAGUCAUCGAAAUGCAAGCGUUAUUGAGGUGUUUGCUUUCAUUAGCAUUUUUUUCUACUGCUACCACUGUUGCUACUAAACACCACAAGCUGCUUUUGAUAUCUUUUGACGGUUUUCGGUACGACUAUGCAAAUGAAGAACCCAUGUUUCCGGCUUUCCAAUACCUCAACGCUAACGGUGUUCGAGCCAAAUACCUGCAAGGAGCCUUUCCCACUUUAACCUCCCCGUCUCACAUGUCAAUAGCUACAGGUCUGUACACUGAGUCUCACAACGUUGUGCACAACUGUCAUUAUAACAUGAGCGUUGGGCACCAAGGUUCUGAUUUUCUUUCUACACUGCCUGUAAACUAUUGGUGGGACACAGGGGUGGAGCCUAUAUGGAUCGCAGCUGUCAAUCAAGGUCUUAAAAGUGGUGGCUACAUGUUCCCUGGCAGCUAUGCAACUAUAAAUGGAGUUAGUGCAACAAAGAAAGUUCUACAGAAGCAGUUUAUGCCAUACUCACAGCGCUCCUGGCAAAACCGUAUCAGCACUGUGGUUGGUUGGCUGAAAGAUGAGGAUAUGGACUUUGUGGCACUUUACUUCGAAGAGCCAGAUACUCUUUCACAUGAAUUGGGCCCCGACUCAAAGAGAGUGAGAUAUGAUGUGAAAUCCUGGGUUAGCAACACUAUCAUGCAUUUACUCAAGAAAGUUGAGGAUGCUGGCUUAACUGAUGACCUUAAUAUAAUAUUUCUCAGUGAUCAUGGGCAUAUACCAAUCAACACGACAGUGGGACAUGAUGAUGCAGUAUCAUUGAGCAAGCAUAUUAAUAUUGAUGAUAUUGACUUCCAAUUUUGCAAUGGACCUAUUGGUCUCAUUGAACCAAAACCAGGAAGACUAGUUUCAGUGUACCAAGCUUUGAAAGGUCAAUCAAAUGUUCGGGUUUAUUACAAAGAAGAGAUACCAGAAAGAUGGCAUUUAAAAGGAAGUGACAGAAUCCCAUCCAUUAUCGUGGUUGGUGAACCAGGAUACUUUGUUUUCUGGAAAUUUCCAGGAUACCACCCAACUAGGGGUGAUCAUGGAUAUGAUAAUAAAUUGGUUAAUAUGAGAGCAUUUUACUACAGUAUUGGUCCAUCAUUCAAGAAAAACUAUGUAGUAGAUGGUUUUGAAUCUGUUCACAUUUACCCGCUUAUGUGUCAUCUACUCGGAAUACAACCAGCUCCCAAUAACGGGUCAUUGGAUGUUCUUUUAAAAACUCUGGUUUCUGAUACGGAUGUGCCCAGUGUUACGGUGUAUUUAGCUGUGUUAAUUAUUGUGUGUAUCGCCAUGUACUUUGUAUAUUGUAAAACAAGAAAAGGUGCAAAAGGAAAGCAUAAAGGUGUUUAAAUACCACGCUUAUGUACCGUUGUUCUAAAAUCACAGUAAUUAAAAUUUAGAACAGUACUGCAAUUACUCAGUUUUAUUUUUUUAUUGUAUAGAUUUUUUAAUUAGAAGUUUAUUUGCAUUCCAUUAACAAAUACAAUUCCUAUUCCUCA